AUGGGUACGGUAUGCGAUGUCCGUACUGGACAAUGCCAUUGUCAAGAAGGAGCCACCGGAGCCAGAUGUGAUCAAUGUAUUCAGUCUUACUUGAGGAUUCCCACAUAUGGAUGUCGACGAUGUGACGAAUGCGUUCACCAUUUGGUUGCUGAUGUUGACCGAUUUGGGUACGAUGUCGAGCACUUGAAUCAGUCCAUCUCCAACAUUUCCUCGGCUACUGUAGUUGGUGCUCGGCUUAGCCGUAACUCGAAAAAUGUGGCGAAAUUUGCGGAGAUGGCCGAACUGCUUUCUGGCAGCGAGUACAACAACUUCGUCGGUGAUGCCAGAGGAACGUUGAGCAACAUGUCGCUAUUGUUCAAUUCAGCCGAAAGGUAAGA